GCCUUGUAACAAUGCAAUGGGGAACUGUGAGGAAACUACAUGGCUCUUUAGUAAUUUAACAAGAGAAUCAACAGCAAUGCUGGCUGAAGGUGGGCUGAUUCACCAAGGAGCCAAAGCUAAAUCAGACAGACUGAGAGUUACAGAGAAUUGUUCUCUGGUUAUAAAGAAGGUCACAGAGGAGGAUGCUGGUCUUUACACCUGCAGACAGUUCAGAUCAGGAGAAAGAGAAGGUUUAGACUCUCGUGUUUAUCUGUCUGUUGUUAACAUGACUCAACGUCAGGAGAAUGAUGAAGUGACGUUACUCUGCUCUGUGAAGACAUAUGGAGAAUGUAGACUCAAAGUGAAGUGGCUGCUUCAGGGUCAAGAUGUGGAUAAAGAAAACAGAGAGAUAAAGACAUCACAGUCUCCCUGCUCUGCCUCUGUGACAUUUCAGACUUCUCAUUUUAGUUACACAACAAGGUCUAAGUUGUUUAAAUGUGAAGUAACUGAUGAGAACACAGAAAGAGUACAGGUGUUUUUCUUCAGCCCUCAGUCUUUAGCAACAACUGAGACUUAUGAAAAGGAUUCUGCAAAUGAAACGUCAGGUGUGUGGUUGUACAUCGUUGUUGCCGUGGGUUUGGCAGCACUCUUGAUAAUAGUUGUUGCAGUUGUGGGAUGGAGGAAAUCUAAAGCCAACGCAACACAAAUGGAUGACCACAUCAUGCUGACCUCAAACCCUGCAGUGACUCACUCUGCUCCGGAAAGCUGUCAGGACACGGUGAGAUCACACUGCACAGGAGUUUUGUUCUGCAAAUUAUUAAUAGAUAACAGUCUUGAGAGUGUGAUAAUUUGCUCUAAAAUGUAAAACGGAAGUUAGUUGAUGCACCUUGACUC